AAAUAUAGUCUCCACUUGUAACCCUUAAUAGGUUUUAAGUUAAAAAGACACGCCCCCUUCAUUUCGUUUCGACACACACAAGGCAACGCGCACACACCCAAAGAGAAGAAUGGCUUCCUCUGUAAUCUCGUCAUCUCCUUUCCUUUGCAAAUCCUCACAGGCGAAGGAUUUAGGGUUCCCAAAACCGUCGCAGAUAUCGGUUCACAGAUGUCAGAAGAGAUCGAUUUCUCGGAAGAUCGUCUCCGUCAUGGCGCCCCAGCGAUCGUCCAGCUCCACUGGAUCGGUGAAAACAGGGAUGACGAUGACGGAGAAGAUUCUUGCAAAGGCGGCGGAGAAAUCACAAGUGGUCCCUGGCGAUAACAUCUGGGUUAACGUUGAUGUUCUCAUGACUCAUGAUGUGUGUGGCCCUGGUGCUUUUGGUAUCUUCAAGCGAGAGUUCGGUGAAAAGGCAAAGGUUUGGGACCCCGAGAAGAUUGUUGUGAUUCCUGACCAUUACAUUUUCACUACUGAUCAGCGUGCCAACCGCAACGUCGACAUCAUGAGGGAGCAUUGCAGGGAGCAGAACAUCAAGUAUUUCUAUGAUAUCACCGACCUUGGAGACUUUCGGGCUAAUCCUGACUACAAAGGUGUCUGCCAUGUGGCGCUUGCACAAGAAGGUCAUUGCAGGCCAGGAGAGGUUUUGUUGGGAACAGACUCCCACACAUGUACUGCUGGAGCGUUUGGUCAGUUUGCUACAGGGAUUGGAAACACCGAUGCAGGAUUUGUGCUAGGCACUGGCAAAAUCCUCCUUAAGGUUCCACCAACAAUGAGGUUUAUCUUGGAUGGUGAAAUGCCCAGUUAUCUGCAAGCAAAGGAUCUGAUUUUACAAAUCAUUGGUGAAAUAUCUGUUGCUGGUGCAACUUACAAGACGAUGGAGUUCAGUGGCACAACUAUUGAAAGUCUGACUAUGGAAGAAAGAAUGACAUUGUGCAACAUGGUUGUGGAAGCUGGGGGAAAGAAUGGUGUCAUCCCUCCUGAUGCGACGACAUUUAACUACGUUGAGAACAGGACAUCUGUACCCUUUGAGGCCGUAUAUAGUGAUGGAAAUGCAAGCUUUGCUGCAGAUUAUCGAUUUGACGUGUCAAAGCUGGAGCCUGUGGUGGCUAAGCCUCAUUCUCCUGACAACCGGGCUCUAGCAAGAGAAUGCAAAGAUGUGAAAAUUGACAGAGUAUACAUUGGUUCUUGUACUGGUGGGAAGACUGAGGAUUUUAUGGCUGCAGCUAAACUUCUCCAUGCAGCAGGAAAGCAAGUCAAAGUCCCAACUUUCCUUGUCCCCGCUACCCAGAAGGUGUGGAUGGAUGUGUAUGCCCUCCCUGUGCCUGGAGCAGAUGGAAAAACGUGUGCACAGAUAUUCGAAGAAGCUGGCUGCGACACACCAACUAGUCCUAGUUGUGGUGCCUGCCUUGGUGGCCCAGCAGAUACCUAUGCUCGCUUGAAUGAACCUCAAGUGUGUGUCUCGACAACAAACAGAAACUUUCCUGGUCGGAUGGGACACAAAGAAGGGCAGAUUUACUUGGCUUCGCCUUACACCGCUGCAGCCUCGGCUCUGACCGGUCAUGUCACCGACCCAAGAGAGUUCUUGCAGUAAGAUAGCUUUGUCCAAAAACAAACCUAAAUGCUGAAUCAAGAGAGAGCUAAAACGAUGAGCAUUGUGAACUAUAUGUAUGUAUUUUCGUACUUUGCUGUUGAACUUCUUAGUUUCAAACAUUGUUAAACUUUUGAUGUUUUGAGUUUGAAAUAAUAAAGAGAUUGAAAGAGACUUA